AUGCGUGUUCACACCUUUUCAACCGUAGCCUUUGUGGCAUUUACUACCGUGGCUUUCGCUGCCCCUUCAGCCGAACCCGAAGAUAGAAAGAGACCUGGCCUUCCCCAGCUUGUGAGCAUUGAUCCUGCCGUCAUGCAAAGCUUCCAGUCCAAGUUUUCGGAUCCUGAAUAUCGAGCCAGUGCGUCUGCACGCGAUGCCGAAGAAAAGAAGACGAGGAAGAAAAGUAAGCGAGCAGUACCAACGACCACCGAUGCUGCCUGGGCCACUGAUCCCAACUGGGCUCUGCACGCAUAUUCUGGCACUCCAGGUGUCGCCGCUGCUACAGCUGCGCCAGUCGUUGCUCCUGCUCAGCCUACCGUUACAGCUGUAAUUCCAAGCUCUGCUCCCGUCGCUGCUCCAGCAACUGGCAGUACUGGCGGUGCAGGUGCAUGUGAAGACCCUAACGUCCCGUGUGCCGGCGAUGUGACAUACGGGGACGGUGAUCUUGGGGCUUGCGGUUGGAACGUCAACACCUAUACAGACAUGCAAAUUGCUCUACCACAUGGUCUCAUGGGCACUCAAAGUAACGGCAACCCAUAUUGUGGUCGAAGCGUCACUAUUCGUAACCCGAUCACGGGCGCUACCGCACGAGCUCACGUUGGUGACAAGUGCAUGGGCUGCACAGGUUCUAGCAUCGAUCUCACCAGAGCUCUCUUCAACACCAUUGCUGCUGACUGCGACGGUCGCUGCUCAGGCUGGGAGUGGUGGUUCGACGGUGGCGAGACCAUCAGCCCUCUAGGUAAGCGCCAAGACCGUCAGAGACGUCAAGACCUCGGUGCAUGCCGCGGUGAAGGUGCUGCCUGCGUUGGCGAAAUCACGCACUAUGAAGGUGGUACUGGAGCCUGCGGCUUCGACGUCAACACAAACACUCAGUUUGCCGUCUCUCUUCCCGAGGCUGUCUUCGGUAACCCGGCAAAUCCGAAUGCUAACCCACUCUGCAACCAGUAUGUCACAAUUGAGAACCCCACGAGUGGAGUGAGGGCUAUUGCACGUGUGGCAGAUAAGUGCCCUAAGGAAGGAUGUCCUGGGACUAAUAUUGACCUUACGCUCGCGCUAUUCAAUUAUAUUGCGCCGGGUUGUGACGGACGAUGUGUGGGUUUUAGAUGGUGGUUCAAUUAG